GCGCCGGGCGGGUCACGUGAGGCGUCGGGGUAGUUCUCCCGUCUUGUUGGUGGCCGCCAUGUCGUCUUUCCCUGAGCUGUAUUUUAACGUGGAUAACGGUUACCUGGAAGGGUUGGUGCGCGGGUUUAAAGCGGGGGUACUGCGGCAAGGUGACUAUGUGAACCUGGUGCAGUGUGAGAGCCUGGAGGACUUGAAACUUCACCUCCAGAGCACAGACUAUGGGAACUUCCUGGCCAAUGAAGCCUCCCCACUCACUGUCUCAGUCAUAGACGACAAGCUGAAGGAGAAGAUGGUGGUGGAGUUCCGUCACAUGAGGAACCACGCAUAUGAGCCCCUAGCAAGUUUUCUGGACUUCAUCACGUACAGCUAUAUGAUUGACAACGUCAUUCUGCUGAUUACUGGGACCCUGCACCAGCGUUCGAUCUCCGAACUGGUGCCCAAGUGCCAUCCUCUGGGAAGUUUUGAGCAGAUGGAAGCUGUGAACAUUGCUCAGACACCUGCGGAGCUUUACAAUGCAAUCUUGGUGGACACUCCCCUGGCUGCUUUCUUCCAAGACUGCAUAUCGGAACAGGACCUGGAUGAAAUGAACAUCGAAAUAAUUCGAAACACGCUGUAUAAGGCUUACCUGGAGUCCUUCUACAAGUUCUGCAAGGUGCUGGGAGGUACCACAGCAGACGCCAUGUGCCCGAUCCUGGAGUUUGAAGCUGACCGGAGGGCCUUCAUUAUCACCAUUAACUCGUUUGGUACGGAGCUGUCCAAGGAGGACCGAGCAAAGCUGUUCCCACACUGUGGCAAGCUCUACCCUGAGGGCCUGGCUCAGCUGGCCAGAGCGGAUGACUACGAACAAGUCAAAAAUGUUGCUGACUACUACCCUGAGUACAAGCUGCUAUUUGAAGGAGCUGGCAGCAACCCUGGAGACAAGACGCUUGAAGACAGGUUCUUUGAGCAUGAGGUGAAGUUGAACAAGCUGGCCUUCCUCAACCAGUUCCACUUUGGAGUCUUCUACGCCUUUGUGAAGCUGAAGGAGCAGGAGUGCCGCAACAUUGUGUGGAUUGCAGAGUGCAUUGCCCAGCGGCACAGGACCAAGAUCGACAACUACAUUCCCAUCUUCUAACCUUGCUCUGCUCCUGUUCAACUCUCCUGCCCCUGGAGUCCAGAGGAACCCCAGUCUAACUCUCUGACUUAUCCCUUGCCCAGAUUCCAGGGAUGUCCCAUCUGUGGAACUGGCUCAGAUGAGGAAACUGUACAGUUGUUAGUUAAAUUAUUCACAAGCUGAAGUUUGAGUUGUGUGUGCUGUGAGGGGUCCGGAGGGACCAGUGGCACAGGCUUGUCCCUCUUGUGUAGCAGGAGGGACACCUCCUGUUGUGUAACUAAUAGUCGCCAUGUUGCUAUACUAAUCUGCUGUAUGCGCUUAUGCUCGUAGAGCAAGCACCAGCCAGGGGAUUGCUGUCUCCAAGGGAUUCCCACUGCCACAGAGGAAGGCAUCAGGUCUGCCAUGGCGGGGGUCCUCUGUCAGUGCUCUGCACGCCUCCUAGUCAGUGUUGUUCCUGUGAGAUUUAGUCUGAGUGUGAUUUGUAGCAUAGCCCAUGCUGCUGUGCAAUCCCUGCAUCCCCCUGUAGCUAACCUUGACCUGGGAGAGACCGAGCAGCCCUGGCCAGGACUGGGAUGGGAACUGUGAGAACACAAGGGCAGAGCCAGAGUGCUUGUGGAGCAUGUUCCUCCCUACUCUGGCAGCAUUUGCACAAGUGCAGCCUCACUGUGUCCUCAGAAGCAGCUCUAAUCAGUCUCCCUUUCAGCUUGAAAAGGUUCUAUAAGGUGGCUGAGCUCCUUUUCCCCUGAAGACCCACGGCUUGGAGUUUACUGGCACAACCAGCAAGGGCAGACAGCCAGGCUGGUGCAGCCUCCUCCCAUGCACAGGGUCUCCAGGCUGGCACUGCUGUGGAGCUGUACAGGCACAGCUGCCCUUGGGGUCUGACUCUGCUCUGUCACCCUGAUGAGUGCAGAGGGCAGCUGUUGGCAGAGAUGUCCCAUGCCCUAUCUAGCUCCUGCCCAUCUGUGGUUAGGGGCUGGGAGCCAAGCCCUGGGCAUGGUGUGGCAGCUCUGCUCCUUGCUGCUUGAGGUCUGGGAGCUGCCCUGCAGUGAUCUGGCAGUGGGGAAGUCUCACUGGUGGGAAACACAUGCUCAGUGCUGCUGCUGGGAGGGAUGGGUGGAGAGUGGGUCUGUCCCAGCUUGUGCUGUGGUCACCUCUACAGUGUUUGUUAUCCUGCGAUCCUCUCCUCUCUACCCCAAUAAAUAUCUGCCUACUGCA